GGUGUCUUGUUGCUGAGGUAAACAACACUUUAUCUGAUAGAAAGAUUUACUAUUUAAAUUUUCUAAAAUAUGUGAAAUACUACAUCGAAUAGCAAUUUCUAAUUAUUUUCCAAGCAAUGGCGACCGGUCACAUCCUUCCGGGUUAUGGAAACCCUGUAACCAGAUUGAAAAGAGCUCAAACUGCUUAUCCACUGGAUAAAACAAAACUGAGAGAAAUUGCAGAGAGAAAUGUGGGAACCUUAGAAAAAAGAGACUUGGAAAGUAUAAGACAAAAUGCAAGGAAUAUGUGGCUUGCGCCAAAUUAUGAGCCUACAACAUAUAAUUCAGUUCACCAUCAUUUGACGCUGGAUGAACCAACAGCAUCACGGCCAAGCUCACCUUCAAGACGCCACAAACCCCACCCUAAACCUGUGUUCCUUAUCAAUCGUCUUCACUAUGUUCCCGGCUACCACAACCCCGACACAACUGUCGGCAGGGAUCCGUACAUAGUUGAUGACAGUUAUCCUGAAGAGGAGCGCCAACUGCGACGUCACCAAAGGGAGAAAUUCAUUGCACGCCCAAGGACAGCUGCUGUCAACCAGUACAAUGAACCCUAUGCACCACUGACCGAAUCUGUGGGGCCAGUAGAAGCAUGGGGAGCCCAAGCCUGGCUGAAAACAGCUGAUGACAACUACCAACAUGAGGUUGUGAAUGCCAUCCAAGAUUACAGGGACCAAGAAUUGUUUAAUGUGUCAAAGUCCCCAGUGCCUGCCCUACCCCAAGCAAUGGACGCCACACCAAGGCCUUACACUGCCAUACCAUCCAUGACCAGGUGGAUGAAACAGGCUGGGGUCAGAGAAGCCCAGGAUGUUCGCAAGAUUCUCUAUGGUGGCUACCCUCCCAGCACCAUCCAACCCCUUGGCAGCCUAGGAACACCACCCACCCUCUCCCAACGACGCCAGCAGGUGAUGGACAACGUGCGCAAGGCGAGAUAUGUGCACAAACCGACACGUGGGGACUUUCUUAUACAUCCAGAGUGGCCCCCAAGUUUCCCACAUCAUAAGAUUGACUGAGAUAGGGUGGGGCAGGGAAAACUGUUUAUGUGUGAAUAUUUAUAUUGUUCAUGUAAUUGAUAUGUUUAUACAAAAGUUGUAUAACUGACUUACUGUUCAGUAGGGUGUGAUAUUUUUGAUAAACCAAUUUAUUUGAUACCUGUUAAAUUUACAUCUAAAAUAUUGUAUUAUUUAAUCAUUACAUAUGGAAACCAGAAAAAAAACUCAAUUACACAUUGUGUUUUCUGAUUCCGUAUCACAUAGUAGCCUAGUGCGCAUGGGCAAAUCUACUUCCUCAAUACUAUGGGGAAGAAACUGGAUGUUUGUUGCCAAUUUUAAGUGCUUUUGUAAAGAAAAGUAUUACACAUUUUAUUUAGAAAAAUACUGAGAUAACAGGAAUCUGUGGAAUUGUAUCACUUGUUGUAUUUUUGUUAAGGUACAUCUCAUAUGACCUUCUUGUGUGAUAUGGACUUAACCCAAGCAACUCAAAGUCAUACAACUCUACCAAUCAAGCGACUUAAAUAAUAUUUCCUGUGUAUUAUGAUAUGGAGCAAGUGAUAUCAAUGUUGCUUUAGUAUGAUUAUGGUAUAAUGGCUCAUCCCUGUGAAUGCAUUUUAAAAAACCGUGAUAGCUUUAAUCAUUGCCCCUUAUUUAUUAUUGUGAUAUACUGCGAUUUUGCAAAAUUUCCAUCCCUACUGUUCAGCAAAUAUUGGUCAAUAUUGAUGAAUUGAAAUGUAUCAAAUAACCAUUUUAAUAUCUUUUUCUUUCCAAAAUAAAUAUCAUUAACUUACAUUUGAACUAAUGUUUUAUUCAGCUUAAUUAAUGUGAGUUGGAUUCAAUGUUUCAGAUUUUUUCAGUCGGUGAUGCUUUAUAAUUUAAUUGUACUUUAACCAAAUACUGAACAUUAACAAACAUGUUAUCUCUAUGUACAUUUAAGGCAUUUUAUCAUUAUUAAGUGUAUCCAUAUACAACCAAUGUGCUAGAAUAGUAAUUUUAAGGAAAUAAUGUAUUUAGUAGGUAGAAGUAAAUGCUUUCGAAAUAAAACCAGAAAACAAAUCUUUAAUUUAAUGAACAAUUCACCCAAGAUAUCAGUCCAAGGUCUUCCAAACUGAACAGAUUUUGUUUGCCCAGCAAGAGCACAGUUUUCAUUUAUCCCAUUUUAACUUCAACUUGUGCAAUAUGCAUAUCUUGAAUGGACAUGUUCAACAAUUCUUUUUUACACAUUUUUAUCUAUACAUAAGUCAGAAGUUUCACCUAUACUGGAAAGCACUGCACUAUAUAUAUUUAUAUGUGAUUUAUACUCUGUAUCAGAUUUGAAUUUGUGGAUGGUGUUUAUAGACAGAAUUUGAUGUGCUUACCGUAGUGGGUUAUGAUGCUCACAUAAUACUCUUGUAUCAGUUAUGUAUCAGAAUAUAUUGCAUUUAUUGUGUAAAAACAACUUUCAUAAGGGCUUGGUUAUAUUAUACACCAGAUAAUAUGUAAUUAUUAACCAAAAUGCAUAGAAGUCACAGGAUUCAAACACUAACCAAAUAAGAAUAUGUUUUCCAUUAAUAAUCCAUUUAUUAGUAAUAUGGUUAAAAAACACACUAACUUUCUAUGGCUGUUUCUGGUACACUACAAUAUACAAUAUUACAUCCCAUAGUGUGUACUAUGCUUUCGAUAAAGUUCAACAAAUAAUAAAACUUGUAUACUUUUCAAUUUUAUAAUCAUUAACCCUUUACUUCAUGUAAACCUAAGCCAUUUCAGGCUGCCAGUGUAUGGCUUAUCAGUUCAUAUCAGUACCCCUACUUCAUAGGAGAUUAUUGAUAUUAUUGUAAUUUUAACCCUCAUGUAUUACAAACCUAUUUUCUUAGUAUUUCUUUUGGUUAAAUCAAUAAGUCAUCAAUGAAAAGUUUAUAGAGAAUUAAAUUUCCAAUCCAGUCAUAUAAAUUUUAUUU